AUUUGUGUACUUGUUUGACUACCAAGCGGAAUGACGGAUCCAAAUCUUCAUUUUCGCCGUAAAAUUGGUUCCGAAGAAUUUGGCAUUGCAAUAUGCACAUGAACACCUAUGUGACCCAUUAUCAUAACUAAACAGACUUCAGCUCCUUAAGAAUUUACAACAUGCCGCAGAAGUCUCAACAUCAGGAUAGUAAUGAACCUGAUAAAUCAAAUGCGGACAUUGCUUCAGUCUUCAUCACAGUUAAGGAUGAGCCUUUUGAUGACUGGAGAGAUAUUAACGAUUAUAAUAGAGAUACCAACCCCAUGCACGUCAAGAAUGAAUCAAGUGAUCUGCAUGGCGAUGCAUUUUAUAAGCCAGCUAUACCGCAACACAUUGAUGUACCAGCGACACUCCUGUCCACUGCUAGUGAGCAGCCCACUGUGAUGGAUCCCAGUCGUUGCAGUGCUGUAAAUUUGGAUACUCCACAGUCUCCAGAGUCUUGCAUCCACUCUGCUCCAUCAUCCCUUGUGGCUAGAUCCCCUGGCCAUGCCAAACGUCCCACUUUGCCCAUAGACUCUUAUCUUUUAAAAGAAAAACAAAGGAGAUUGGAUACAUCUACUGAAAUAACUCAUCAGUUAGAUUUGCAUGAUGAUGGCUUUGAUUUCUUAGAGGAUGAACAUAACACUAGUGAUUGUAUGCCAAGUGAUACAGAUGAUGCUGUUGACGAGGAUGUGCACAGUGAUGAGGAAGUUGAUCCUACCUCACUCCCUUGGGAAGGAAUAAUGGAAACAUUUUCGUGGAGAGCUGGGGAUAAUUGUCAACCCGAUUUUCCAGAGUACGGUGGAGAUGAAGUUGGGGUUACAUCUGCUUUUCCAGUUGUUAAUGAUAAUGCCAGGGAAAUUGACUAUUUCCAGGCAUUUUUUGAUAGUGCUUUUAUGGAUUUUCUGUGUGAACGAACAAACAUGUCCCAGAAGUACAAACAUGAUCGUGACCCUACACCGAGCUCAGGGAAAAUGCAAAGAUGGCAUGAUACAAGUGUAGGAGAAUUAUAUGUAUUUUUUGCACUGUUGAUGCUGAUGGGACAUAUACGUAAGCAUGUGUUGAAAGAAUAUUGGAUACUAAAUGAUAUCACAGCCACGCCAGUAUUUGCAAAAUAUAUGCCCAGGGACAGGUUUUUGUCCUUACUAAGAUUCCUCCAUUUUGCUGACAACAGUCAUCCAAAUGGUGAUGAUAGAUUUUGGGAAAUUCGCGAAUGCUUUACAAUGCUGAAAGAAAGAUUUGCAAAAUUUUUCCAUCCCUUUCAACGUCUUGUAUUGGAUGGUUCAUUUACACUUAUUCGUGGUCGUUUAGCCUUCAGACAGUAUAUUCCUAGUAGGAGGCAUAGAUCUGAUACAAAAAUUUUUGUUCUUUAUGACUGUGAAACAGGAUAUGUGCUGGAUAUGAUGUUAUGCACUGCAGGUGAUGCUGACCACAAGAAUGACUCGCAUGGAUUCUCUGCUGAGAUGGUGAAGAAAAUGAUGGAUCGUUAUCUAGGUGGGAAGCAUAUCCUUUACACAGAUGAUUAUAAGACCACCCCAAGCCUCACAGAAUUCCUUCUUGAAAAAAACAGGUCAUGUGGCCCAGUAGCUACUGAGAAGGAACAGCAGCAAGAGUUUGCAAAAGUUAUUCAUGGUGAAGGUCAACUGCAAAAAGCUAACAAGAUGCUUGCUAUAUGUAGACAGGACAAACACGCAGUAAAUAUACAAGCUAUUAAUCACAAUAGUGGUAAGAUGGACAAAGGGAAGCCUGUUAUGAAACCUGAAACUGCAUUGGAUUAUGGUGUACGAAUUUGCCAGGUUGACAAAAGCGAUUUGAUGGUUGGCAGUAUUGAGUGUGUUCGUCGUACUGUGAAAUGGUACAAAAGAAUGUUUUUACAUCUAAUGGACAUCACAGUCCUCAAUUCAUAUAACUUAUAUGUGGUGAAAACUAGCAAGAAGGUAUCGCUUAGGAUCUUCAGCAAAAGACUCAUUGAACAGAUUUUGGAAACAUAUGGCGUGGUGCAAAGGAGGGCAAGAGGUCACUCACAAGCCGGCCUUCCUGAUAGACUCCUUGGUCGAGAUUAUAUUUCCCGUCAUUUCCUAGAAGCUCUGCCACCCACUGCUGGGAAACCUAAGGCACAAAGACAAUGUCACGUUUGCAAAAAUACGACAAAGCGAGCUGGCCGGCGCAAAGAUGUCACAACAUGGUGUAAAGAAUGUGGUGUAGCAUUGUGCAUAAGUUGUUUCAAGGAUUACCAUACACUAAAAAUAUACUAAGGUGUAAUGUAACGGUCUAUGCAAAGUGUGUGUUGGAAUACAAAAUACCAACACAAUAACAAACUUAAAAAAAGGUUCCCUCACCACCUGUGAUGAAUAGCCUACAACUACCUUUGCCACAGAUGAAGAAAUGAGAACCACUUGAGCUCUCAUAUUAAUGCACUGAGUACCACUUGAGCCUGCCACAAACCCAUGUUAUCCCAUGCGCUGAUGGAUGAUAGCUGAAGAUCAAGUCAGGCUGGGAAACGUGAAGAAUGCAAAAAUAAAUACUAUAAGUGUUUAUUUGUGUAUGAAGCUAUUGUAUUUUCUACAAGUACUGGA